AUGGUCUUCAUCCUAGGCAACAACUUCUCCGAACAACGCCUUGUCCUCAAAACGCUCCAAGGCUUCUACGGCAUCGGACCCCAGAUAUCCCGGCACCUGCUCGCCCGCCUGCACAUCCACCCCACCGCGCGGCUGAGCUCCCUCAACUCACAGACCGUGCUGGACAUCAACGCCGAGCUCGCAAGCAUGAAGAUCGAAAACGAUCUGAGGAGAGAGCUGAGGGAGAACAUUACGAGGUUGCGGGAUAUGGGCACGUAUAGGGGGAGGAGACACGCGAUGGGGAUGCCGGUGAGGGGACAGAGGACGAGGACGCAAACGGCGACGGCGUCGAAGUUCAACAGGGUUGAACGGUUGGGCUGA